AUGUUGACUUGUUACCUUGAUCGUAUCAAAGGAAUCCAAGCAAUUGCUGUCCAUCCUGGUGCUGUAAAUACAUCGCUUAGUAGCAACAUUUCGCCAAGGAUGCGAAAAAUUUUGAAGACUAUGCAUGCAUCCCGAUUUCUUUCUCGAAUUGAGGAUGGAGCACGAAAUGUAGUUGAAUGUAUUGAAAAAAGCCACUUGCCAAAGAUUUUUCGGAAUAGCACCAAAUACAGCAACGUUCCUAAAAGGAUUUCGAGUGAACAAAAUGGAAUUAAUUUGAUGAUUCUCAGCAAGGAAAUGAUUACAAGUGCUCUUCCGCAAUUCUGUCCCAAUCGCAUUCUCUACAGCUUAAACUGA